AUGUUUGCCUGGUGGCUAAGGUACCGAUUUCCCAUCUUUUGGGGUGGCUGGGGGGUUCAAGCUGCAGACCAGGGUCGACAGACGCCACACACGGCACAAGCAAUUGAAAGGGAGCUCUGGAGUAUGAAAAGCAACUCAGCAUGCACAGACCCCUUGCGAGUGUCUGUUUAUAGUAGGCACUUCGUACUUGCCUGCUUUUGCUUGUUGUGCUCGAGCUGGAUCGGACCUGAGAGAGGCAAGACCAGCCAAGCAACGGGAGUGUACGGAGUACAUACAGUACAGUACCCAGUAGAGCUGCACGUAAUACAGGCCGCAGUGGAUCGACAAGAGUAUGGAGUACUUGCAAGGUUGUCAACGAGUGCUGUCUUUGACAAUGAGGAGGGCAAAUGUCAAAAGGAAGGUUGUGCCACUGAUGCCAUCGAAGAUUUCGGUCGAUAGUUAACCAUCGAAUACACUUGCGCAUAUGAACUGAAUUGAAACUACACC